UUGAAAUUGGGUUUUUGUUGAAGCCACACCAGGUCGGCUUUGGGACAACAUGGGGAUGCAGUCGCUCCUUCACGCGGCCCUCAUAAAGAUGCUGGUGCACUCCAUCCGCCAUGGCCAUGUAGAAGGGAUCCGUCUGACCAUCGAGAAGUCCGUGGACGUUCGCUACAUUGACAAGAAGGGUCGCAACCUGCUGCAGUAACGAACGAUGCACAAUCUCCCUCCACUUCUCGACAUCACCAUGUCUUGUAGGCUUGCCAUCAAGCAAGAUACGGCAACUCGCAUGCAGAUGUACGUGAUCUUGGCCGAUGCCGGCUGCGAUAUCAACCACAUAGACCUGCGGGGUUGGAGUUGCGUGCAUUAUGCGUGCGCCACGGGGGCCGAGGAUGUCCUUCAUGACCUGCUUCGUCGCGGCGCCGAUGUCUCGUUCAACCGCUUUGGGUACUGCGGCGACAUGGACCUUCUCUUCCCGCGCAUUGUGCAUGCGCGGAGUUUGCUUCAACACACGGAACAGUUGACCCACAACGACCAAGUACAGCGCUGCUGGUCCAUCUUCCAUCGACACAUGCAAUCGACGGGGUACCUCCUCCACACCCACACCGACGUCCACACGUUCCAGACGCCGCUCAAGCUUUCAUUUCACGCGCCCAUGGACCACAGCGCCCUCGACCGCAUCCGCAUCGUGGACGUCCAUUCACCUCAACCCAUCUCACAGCAACUGUCCAAGACGUUCUUGGUGCCUCCAGGUGCAGUGGGGUCGUUCACACUCGACGCUGAAGUGCUUCACCGGCCAUCUUUGUUCCAUGUAUACUACGAACAGCAUCUAGCGAUGCCCAUGCCGCUGCCCCUGCAUGCGCUGGAGCGGUCUCUGGGCGUCAAGGACUUGGACUCGGGGCGGACGGUGUCCGCGCAGGCCGCCAACGACGCCGUCCUCGCCGCGCUCGAGUCGAUGCGAUCAUCUUGUGAGCCACACCACAGGGUGGAUAUCCCCACAGACGACGCAGAGAGCUCCACGUCAUCGUCCGUCGAGUGUACCCAAGUGGACAAUGAGUGGGGGGGUGGCUGUUCGUAUCGAUGUGUGGCCAUGCUAACGCUGUCACUGGUCCCUCCCACAAAACCGACCAAACCACAUCCCCAUGGCCACCACUUUCUGUACGACCUCACCGUUUCGUACACUGGGCACAUUGGAUUGACCUUGGAAGGACUGCCCAUGGACGCCACGAGCCACAAGGUCCUGCUGGUCGUGGUCGCCGUCUCCGAUGCAUUUGGCCAGCUGUUUCCGCACGUGAAGCCCGGGGACCGACUGGUGGCCGUGAAUGGCAGCACGGCCGAGUACGCCGGUCUGCAGCACACUAUAUGGGAGCUCAAGGAUGCCAGGAGGCCGCUGGUGCUGCAGUUCCAACGCCCCGAUGGGGGACAGAAAAGUACUAGUAGUAGUAGCAAUCGACUCUUGGCUCGGUUGAGGUAUGGACACGGGGCGGUAUUGGCGGCGUAACUGAACUAUAGUACAUCCAUUUAUUUGUAUGUAGCAUGUGAACCCGAG